AUGUGGCUCUUUCGGAUACUUUCUUCGGCCCUCUUCCUUACCGUCACUGUUUCUUCCAUUCCGCUGGCCUUUGACGUCGGUGGGAAGACAUGCGGUCUGGCCUUUUCACUUUCCCUGGCGACAUUCUACUUUCUUUUCUCCGUCCUAAAACUCACAACUCCCGAGCGAUCCUGGCUGCGCUCCUCACUCAUUGUUCUAAUCAACUCUGCGCAAUGGAUCCUCAUUCCGAUUCUCCUGAUCUGGUCACUCAACCGCUUCUCCGUUGACACUGAUAAUGCUACUUCAUGGGUAGAACGGACCUUUAGCGGGAAACGCGCACAAGACUCAUCUAUUCAGGACUGGAUUUUUGGUCGCGACGGGUUACUGGAGGAGGUGGCUAUCGGGAACUGGGACAAACUCUUGAGGUGGUCGACUCCAGUAUUCCAGCUCGCAGAGGGGUUUUGCAGCUUACUGGUCAUCCAAGCCGCCGGGCAGAUCACCCGAUGGCUUGUAAAUCGCGGCGGUCGGAGCGAUAGCUGGAUGAUCGGCUUUCUUGUUCUCUCAGCGUCCAUCAUUUCAAGCUCCGUAUACUUUCUUUGGCGCGUUCUCCAAUUUCCCGAGAUAUCCAAUGUUGACGCCGCCUUAAUAGGUGUGACCGUGACGUGUGCCGUGAUACUAUGCGCUUGGGGAAUUGGAAGCGGCCGUGGGAACCCGGUAGAGAGCUCUCUUUUGUUCGCAUACGUUGUGCUGUGCAUUUAUCAGAUCUUCACGGACUAUCAGCCAUCGCAUCCAGUGGAGCAGCCAGUUCAAUCACCUGCGCAAUCGGGAGAUUUCCCCCCUCUUCCGCCUAUCAUUAUGGCAUCAUACACUACUCUAAUGCACGCCGUAUCCCUCCUACCAUCUAUCAUCCAUGCCGCAUUCAAUAUGAUCACUGCUGUCUUCAGCGCAGUGACUCCGUCUGUCCUAAUUUCGCUUACAUACCGUAUCCUAGUGUUGUAUGCGUCCACCCGAAUCAUACCUGCAGUUCGUGAAUCCGGGGCUCGCGCACUCUCUCAGGAAGCCUCGCUGGACGACUCCGAUGCUGCUGGCCAGUUUUUGGGCUUCCUCAGUUACUUCUCCCCUUCUAUCCUUAUUUCGGUUUAUACCAGCCUUCUUAUGCAACAUUUUGCAACGACCUCGCAAGCUAUGGGUGGUAGUGGGCAGUGGUGGAGUACCCAGGGUGCAGGAGGUGGAAACCUUUGGCGUUGGAUCAAUCUUGCAGGCAUGUUGGCCCUGUACGCUGUCGAGCUAUGGCUUGGAGCCUCUGAUGAUCUCGACUCGGGGCUGGCUGGUCAUUGGAAGACCGACUGA